AUGAAAUUCACCGCCGCAACCAUCCUCGCUCAAGGCGCCCUCGCGGCAGCCGCGACCUCGGGCGACUUCACCAUCCUGACUAUGAACGUGGCUGGCCUGCCCGAGGUCCUCAACCCCAAUGGCGUCCCGGGAGGCAAGGAGGCCAGCGCCAAGACGAUCGGAAGCAAGUUUGCGCAGUAUGGGUAUGAUGUUAUUCAUGUGCAGGAGGACUUCAACUACCACGCUGCCCUCUACUCCACCGACACGCACCCCUACCGCACCCCAACCUCAGGCGGCGUCCCCUUCGGCUCCGGCCUCAACACCCUCUCCAACUUUCCCUGGCUCUCUGGCUCCUUCCAGCGUCAAAAAUGGGCCAAGUCCUCAUGCGCCUCGGAAUUCGACUGCCUGACGCCCAAGGGCUUCACGUUUAUGCGCAUCGCCCUUUCUUCUGACGCCACCGACGCUGUCUACGUAGACUUUUACAACAUGCACACCGACGCCGGCACCGAGACGGCCGAUCUCGAAGCGCGCAACGACAAUCUCCGGCAGGUGGGCGAGUGGAUCCAGACGCACAGUCAGGGAAACGCCGUGUUGGUAUUUGGCGAUACCAACUCGCGCUAUUCACGCUCGGGAGACACGGGGAUUCGGUCUUUACUGAAGUUGGAGAACCCGACGGGGGCUGCAGGACUACAAGAUAUCUGGGUUGAACUCCAUCGUAAUGGAGUUGUUCCGAACGAUGCGGGCGUGUGUGGAAACCCGGCGGAGGACGCGGCUUGUGAGAUUGUGGAUAAGGUUCUUUACCGAAGUAGUCCCCUGGUACAACUCACGCCGACGGCGUUGGAGUACGCUGGUCCCAGGUUCUUGGCGGAUGACGGGGUCAGUGUCUUGUCGGAUCAUAAUCCCGUGCUGGUCAACUUGACUUGGUCGGCUGCCGACCGCCGGUUCCGACAAAGCGGGUUUUGGGGCGGGGCGGCGUAUGGGAAUUGGUUCAACGAUGUGUCUACCCUUGAUUCCACUACGGGAUCGAUCAAGGCGCGAAAGAUCACUUUCCGCGGUGAAAACCGUCUUGAUAGCGUUGGUCUUACGGUCUCAUCGUCAAGUGGUCAGGGAACCACAGAGUUGGUGCAUGGUGGACAGGGAGGGUCCGAGGUGUCGCUGACGCUGGCUGAUGGGGAGUCCUGGGUCAAGUCCGAGCUGUGCCAGGGUCAGAAGAGUGACAAGACACGCAACUUUUACAUCAAGGCUACUACGUCCAAGGGAAGGACGCUGGAGGCAGGCACCAGGACGAGUGACUGCAAGGUGUUUGAGGCGGAGGAGGGGUGGCAGGUUGUGGGGUUCUUGGGAGAGAGCGGGGAUGAAGUCGAUUUGCUUGGUUUCAUCUAUGGCAAGAUCUAG